CGUCACUUCCUGCAGAGCCCGAGCGAGCGUCGGGUAAAGAUGGCGGCGGCGCAGCUAACGGAUGAGGAGCUGCUUUCAGAGUUAAAGCGACUCGGCUUCAUCCCAGGCCCGGUUACCGAGAGCACUCGGCCGGUGUAUCUGAAAAAAUACAAGAAACUGCGGGAUGAGCAACCGCAGCACCAGAGGGGGUCACUCGCAACCCGGGCGAGCAAAAGCAGAAACAGCGGGGGUAUGAGCAGCAACAACAACAGCAGCACAGCGGCGGGAUCCGGAGCCCGGCCAGCCCGCAGUGACGUCACCCACCUGAGCGCUGGCAGGAGCCCCGGCAGCCGCCCGGCUCUCAGCCCGAAGAGCUCCGGGCGAGCGGGCAAGCUGUUACUGGGCUUCAGCUCCGACGAGUCGGACGCCGAAAUCAACCACAAUAAAGGCGGCCUAGUGCACCGCAGCGGCAGUGGUAGGAAAGAGCGGGGCUCCGGGCAUCAUUUCCAGCAACACAGGCCUACAGCCACUAGCGGCAGCAGGAGUCAAGGAGGCGGCGUGAGUAGCAACACCAGUAAACCCUUUAAUAGUUCAGCGCUACCAGGCGGGAAGACAGGCGGAGGGGGUGCUUGGUGGGGGCCAAAGGGUAAAUCGACCACCGGGGUCCACCACCUCCUGCAUACCGAGCGAGGGGUUUACGGCGAGGAGGAGGAGGAUGAUUACGACGAGGAGGACCGGGAGAGAGGCAACCGGACUCUGAAUGGCAGCAGGGCGUCUUGUGCCAGCAGCAGACAGCUAGCGGGGGAUUAUUCAGACUCUGAUGAGGAGGACGAGGACAAGCCGGGGAAGGAAAGACACACAGGUCGGCGGCUUGGCCCCAGACGGAGUCUCUCUAAAUCAGUGCUGUCUGUUAAUAAAAGUGCCAGGGGGAUGGACAGCGGCCAGGAAGGGACAGGAGGCGGUGUAAUGAAAAUAAAUGACAAGGCUGCCGCUGAGAGUCUAGACAUAGCCAGAGACCAAGAGGGGGAAAAGAAAGACCGCGGCGGCUUUGGAAUUGGUAGCGGGUUGCGGAACCGCAGCAGCUGUAGAAGGGAGUCCUGGCUGCUCUCCACCGCCAUGGGGGAAGGUACUGCAGACUCCUCGGCUAAUAAUAACCAUGUGAGCAGCGACAACGGCGCAGGCGGCGUUAGCUCUGCGACAAAGGCGAGAUAUUCCUCUUACAACAGUGUCGCAGCGCCAGCCACCGCUUCCUUGUCUCCUCGGUCGAAUCACUCGAACCACACAGGCUGGAAUCAUGCUUACAGCAGAACCGGACCGACGAAAAAGCUGCCGGAGACCGAAGAGGAACUCUUGCUGCAGUUCAGAAGGGACGAGGUGUCUUCCACGGGGAGAUUCAGCGCCCACUAUCUAUCUAUGUUUCUGCUGACUGCUGCGUGUCUGUUCUUCGUUUUGCUGGGGCUGACUUACCUGGGGAUGCGGGGGCAUGGUGGUGCAGAAGCAGACAUCGUUAUUAGGAGCCAUCCAUUUGGCAGUGACUUUGAUGCUCAAUAUAAAGACGAAGAAAAGUCACAAAUCCUGAAUAUUUUACUGCACCUACAUGACCAUCUGGCGCAAAUAGCAGGUGAACAUGACUGUGGUCAACAUUUACAUGAGAAGAACAGAAGUCUUUCUGUCCAGGAAGCUUCAGAACUUUUAAUAAUUUCUAAUCCUAGUUAUAAAGAGAUAGUUUCCACUGCACUCGAGUGGAUUCUCAAAAGUGGAGAUGAUGUAGGGAUAAGGUUGAUUGGCAGUGAUCCUAAAGAGGAAGUAAAUGAAAUUUCAGAUGUCAAGUAUCUGGAGUCCACUCAUCCUAACAUGUCCUUUAUCUGCCGUUUUCAACGUGCUUUUGUUACGGUCAUCAACAGAAUGCUCAUUUUUCUCAUAGGUAUUGGAAUUGUGUGGGGAGUUCUGUGGUACAUGAAGUAUCGCUGGAGGAAGGAAGAGGAAGAGACCAGACAAAUGUACGACAUGGUGGAAAAAAUCAUAGAUGCAUUAAAAAGUCAUAAUGAAGCUUGCCAGGAAAGCAAAGACUUGCAGCCUUAUCUACCAAUUCCACAUGUGCGAGACUCCCUGGUCCAGCCUCAGGCCAGGAAGAAAAUGAAAAAAGUAUGGGACAGAGCAGUUAAUUUCCUCGCCACAAAUGAAUCUCGCAUUCGAACCGAAACACAAAGACUAGGGGGGGCAGACUUCCUGGUUUGGAGAUGGACCCAGCCAUCAUCUCCCUGUGAUAAAAUAUCUGUUAUGCCAUCCAAAGUAUGGCAGGGAAAAGCUUUCCCCCUUGACAAGAGAAACUCUCCUCCUAACAGUUUAACGCCUUGUUUAAAGAUCCGCAACAUGUUUGAUCCAGUAAUGGAAGUUGGAGAGGAUUGGCAUUUGGCAAUUCAUGAAGCCAUCCUAGAGAAGUGCAGCGAUAAUGAUGGAAUUGUUCACAUUGCUGUAGACAAGAACUCACGCGAGGGAUGUGUAUAUGUGAAAUGUCUCUCUGCAGAAUAUGCUGGCAAGGCUUUUAAGGCAUUACAUGGCUCUUGGUUUGAUGGAAAGCUAGUAACAGUGAAGUACCUCCGACUAGACCGAUACCACCAGCGUUUUCCCCUGGCCCUGAGCUGCAACACUCCUCUUAAAGCGUCUAACACACACAUGAACACAAUGUCUCACCUGCGUCUGCGCACUGGCACAGUGAACUCGCAGGGACGCUCCUGAGAGUCUGCCUCUGAGUUGUGACUGUGCGCAGCAUUUGAGAUACUCCUGUGCAGAUGCCGUCUUCCUUUUUUACCUCUUCUGUUUGGUUUUCUAUGUAAACAUUUCAUUUAUAAAUAGACCUUUGGGGCCGUUUAAGGAAGGUGGAGAAAGUGUUUCGGGGGCGUUUGGUAGCAUCUGAGGAGGCAGCUUAAGAAUUGAGCAGUCGAAGUACUUCAUGUAAUCUUAAUUAAAGUGUUGGAAUACAUAUUUGGUCAUUGUAGAAGCUCUGCAUGAAGGACCUGGACUAAUUUUUUAAUUUUUAUUUUUUUUUUUUUUUUUUUUUUUGCUUGUUGCAGUGGAUAUGUCUGAAAAUAAGUAGUCUUGUUUUAAUACAAAUAAAAAUCAACUGAAGAUUACCAAGGAGAUACAAGGCUUCUAAUUUAUAAUCUAUUAUAGUUGCACAUUUUUGGAAAUCGACCCCAAAUUAACAAAGUAUUUGUCAGCCUCUUGGUUGAUUUUAGCUGCAUGAACUGGUUAAAAUAUUGCCCCUAUUUAAGCUUUUAAGUGUAUGAUUAUGUGGUUAUUUAUUUCCUACAAGAUGUUUGGGGUGAUGUAAUCCCCCAUAGUGGUGUAAGUAUGAUUUUAAAAAAAAAAAAAAAAAAAAAAAAAAAAAGGCAUGCACAACCACUUCGAUGGGUGCUGAAGUAUAUAAAUGUAGAUGACGGUGGUGCUGCAGCAGUAGCUUUUCUACAAAUGUUUGUAUAAAAGCAAACAAGCUUCCUGUUUUCUGAUCUGUAAAUUUAAAUCCUACAUCCAACACCAGUAGAGAGGUGGGGAUCAUGAGAUGAUACAGUACACAUGGAAAUGACUGUAUGGGGGGGGGGGGGGCUCCUGUUCAGUAAUAGUCGAUGUACAGUAGAACUAAUUUACAGAAAUUAGCAAUAAUACAAAUGGUUGCCGAACAGUUUUGCUGGUUAACUUAACAUUCAUUAACUGCCAUAGAGAUCAAUUACAUUUAUUCUUUAUUCCAUUUUGGAACACAAACAAAAAUAAUGACCUUGACCCAAUGUAUUGGCACAUUGUAUCUUUCAACUCCAAAGAAGCUGAACAUGUAUUCAUUCUCAAAACUGCAAGAAAGGAGCACUUCACUUAACUAUUUAAUUGAACUAACAAGAAAGAACAAGUGAAAUGCAAUCUGUUUGAGGUCGAAUGAGGUUAGCUGGUGAAUUCAGUUGAACUUCUAUUGUUGUUUGCAAGGUUGUGUAUUUUUUUAAAUCCUGUAAUCAAAUAUUGUUACAGAUGAGAACGAGAGGGUAUAUAUACAUCAAAUAAAUUUAUGGUCACUGUUUAUAAACAUACUGUGUAGUUUAUGCUGGGUGUUUGCAGCACGAAGUUGUUCAGACAAUGCACAUUUUAAAUGUAAGAAACCUGAUGCACACUUCCCACAGCAAAGAACCUUACGGUGCCUUACCUUUUGUGCUUUUUUUUUUUUUUAUUGGCACUGCAUUUCUUGAGUGUAUUUGGGUUUAUAAACUGUUGGAUGGUGAAACUUUUAAUCUGUUGUGUUCAUUGCUCAGAGCUAAUACUAUGUAAAAGAAAUUCUAGCAAGGAAUCUUGCUGUAUUUUGUGUGCAUCAUGGUAAUGUUUAUAUUUUUAUAUGUUCUGGCCUGACUUUGGCACACCUGAAUUUUUUAUGACCUGUUGCUGGAGUCAAUGUAAAGUUGAUGUGGUAUUUUUCAAGGGUGAUGCUUGAUUUAGCUGCAUCUUUUGCAUCUAUUUUUCCUGCUUCUGAUGUAUGCCAUGUAAACACUGUACACUUAUAUAAUUGUAACAUGUACUGUUAUGCAGCUUAUUUUCCAUAAACUGUUAAGUUGACCAAUAUCCCUACCUGCAAGACAGAUGGGAAGGUGUAUAAUAGCCAGACAUUUAAAGUUAAGAUGUUUUAAUGAAAUUAAACUGUCACUUGUCUUGUAAAAACGACUAAUUAAAGGUUUAUUAGGGUUUUUUAAUGGUGAGUCAUGUAUUAAAGAUUUUAAAAUGGA